AUGAGUAAAUAUUUGGAUAAAUAUGUUGAGUAUGAGACAAUAGGUAGAGGCAGCUAUGGGUCUGCACAUUUGGUACGCUCGAAAUCAGACUAGUAAGUAUAUGUGGCUAAGAAAAUUCAAUUAUUCAAUCUAAAAUCAAAAGAGCAAGAUGAUUCAAAACGAGAAGUGAUGCUUUUGCAGAAAUUAAAACAUCCUCACAUUGUACAAUAUACAGAGAGCUUCAAUGAGAAUGAUACACUCAUCAUUAUCAUGGAAUACUGUGAAGGUAAGGGAGACCUAUCAUUUCACAUAAACAGAAUGAGUCAAAGAAAGGAGUACUUUCCAGAGCAAAUCAUAUUGAAUUGGUUUCUUUAAUGCGCCUUAGCUUUGAAAUAUAUCCAUGAAUAGAAGAUCUUGCAUAGAGACAUCAAAAGUCAGAAUAUUUUCUUAUCCUCCAAUGGUUUUGUUAAAAUAGGUGAUUUUGGUAUCUCCAGAGUUUUAGAACACACUCAAGAUCAAGCCAAUACAGUUGUGGGAACUCCCUAUUAUAUGAGUCCUGAAGUCUGUGAGAAUAAGCCCUACACUUACAAGAGUGAUGUUUGGUCUCUUGGAUGUGUUCUCUAUGAAUUGUGCAAUUUGUCUCAUGCCUUCAAAUCAAAUAAUCUCUUAGGUUUAGUGAAUAGGAUUGUCAAAGAAUAGGCUUCUGCAAUUCCCUCACAUUACUCCAAAGAACUAGCAGAUCUCAUUAACAAACUCUUAAUCAAAAAUGCUGAUCAAAGACCACACACUUCUGAAAUCUUCAACUUCCCUCUAAUCAGAAAUACUAUGCAAUAGUUUGUUGCAAUGUAAGGCAAAGUACAAUAUCAAGCCCCAAUCAAACGAACAAAUACACAUAAUUAAAUUGGAAAAAUGAUCAAGUAAGAAGAAACUACUCAAUAAAACACUACAAAUCCAUAUGACAACACUAUCGAUACUGUCUAGUCUAUAGACUUUAGUUAAUUAACUCCUUAGCAGAGAUUGCAAAUGAAAAAAGAAGAAAAAAUCUAAAGAGAGUAAAGAGAGCUAGCCUAAGCAAGCAAAUAAAGCUUUUUAUAACAAUAAGCAAGUCAACAAAGAAAGAUUCAAGAUCUCCAAGGUGGCUAAUCUCUAGAUUACAACUAAAAGAGAAAACAACAAUAACAAUAUCAUGAAGAAUUACAAAGACAAUAAUAAUUUAAGGAAUCUUAAGCUAAUACCAAAAAACCUCAAUAAUAAGUCUAACCAAAUAAAUCCAACAUGUACAACUAUGAUGAAACCUUAGUUAGUUAAUAUGAGAAAACUUCAUAAAUGUUAUAAAAUGAAUCUAAAAAAUACAAUGAAACCAUAUAAAACGACUCUAAAAAAUAAAAUGAAACCUUUAAAAAAGAGUUAGAGUAGUUUGAUAAAACUGUUGAUUCUGAAAUGUGUCAAUCUACUUAUGAUAAUACUACUAAAUAAUAAGAAAAAACAGUCACCAAAUCUUAAUUAGAUAGAUUUACUACUAAUUAUCAAAAAUAAGAAUUCUCAGUCACCUAAUAAUAUUAGGAUGAAGAAUUUGAGGAAUAUAAUAGUGAUGAAGAUCUUGAAGUCAUUAAUCACAGACUCACCGUUAAAUAAGGUGACAGUGAAAUUGAGGAAGUCCUCAAAUUAUAUCAAAUUUAGAUGGAUCAAACCGUGAAGAAAUCAUCUAGUAACAAACUUGAAGAUAUUUAGGAAACGAGCCAAGAGAGUUGGAACUCCUCUUCUGCAUCUCCCUAAAAAGUACCCAUCAAUAAUGAUGAUCGAAUCCAAAUCUUAAGGAAAAAGGCAAUAGCAACCAUGGGCUCAGACCUCUUUAAUAAAGCAUAUCAAUUUAUGAGUCAUCAUUUAUCCAAAGGAACGGGAAGUGCUGAAAUUCGAAAAAAUCUAGAAGAUUUUGUAGGAAAAAGCAGAAUGGGAGAUUGCAUGUUAAUAGAUGAAAUAUUAUAUUAUGAGAAUUAUUCUAAAUGAUAAUGAUUAAAUAAUAGUAUU